AUGCUUUUCAUCAGCAUUCUCCUCAUCUUCUUUGCUAUGCAAGCAUAUGCCCAAGACAACAAUCAGCAGUUAACCUGGGGAUCAGUCGUCUUUACAAUAAAUGGAGAGACUGUUCCUCUCGGUGCUGUCGGGGCCAACUCUCUCACUCCUGUGGGAGCGCAGCAGCUCGCAGGAGCAGGCCGUACCUUUCGUGAACGCUAUAUUACAUCCAAUAGAAACCAUGGUGUAGCCUUUGCCGACAUUAGUUGGCUCUCUACUAUCCUGAAAAACGAUGAAAUCGAAGUAUCAUCUACACCAGAACCCAAUGUGGUGACUUCUGCCCAAGCUUUCAUGCAAGGACUUUACCCUCCCCACCGGGAGCUUUCUCUCUCGCGUGGCCUUAUGAGUUAUGCAACAGACGACAACGGCGUUUUCAUUGACUACCCUCUCAACGGUUACCAGUAUCCAAUAAUUUUGACUUAUGGCGCAGAAGAUCCCAUGUCUGCACAUAUGUCUGGACACAAGAACUGUCCAAAUCAUACCAAUGCGAUCCGAUCAUUUUCCGCUUCUAACGAGUUCCAUGAUGUCUUCGAUAGUAGCCAAAAAUUCUACUCAGAGAUGUACCCUCGUAUGCUUUUCGGCAUCUACCCUCGUGAAAUGGUCAGCAUCUAUCACGCCACUACUAUCUAUGAGUACCUCAACUACCAAUACACCUACAACUCAAGUGCUAGAGGUAUUAUUUCUCGUGCCGAUGUUGAUACAGCUCGCCAAUAUGCAAGCCAGUGGGCACACGCAAUCUCUAGUGGUGCCGACGUCUAUUGGUCUCCGGACAAGGUACUUGCCAUUGCAGGUAGAUCUCUUGCCUACACUGUUAUGCGCGCACUUGAAAAGAAUGUGAAAAGCAAAGGUUCACUCAACAAGCUAUCUCUCAUGUUUGGAGGGUAUGAGCCCAUGAUGGCUUUCUUAGAUGUCGUGGUCUCAGACCCAUAUCGCGAGAGUUUGAACGGUCUUCCCAACAACGGCGCAUCCAUUAUGAUUGAUCUUUUCAGUAUGGCGAAAGAUGGCAUUACUAAAUUUCCCGCCGACGAGUCACAGCUGAUGGUUCGGCUCUCGGUCCGCAAUGAUACUAAUACCUCCAACCCUGAAAAGCAAUUUAAAUCAUACCCGAUGUUUGGAACCAACAACAAAGACACUGCAAUGCCCUACAGAGAUUUUGCCGAUAAGAUGGUGUCCAACAUGAUAUCUACUUCAGAAUGGUGUCGCUCCUGUGACGGUAAAGAAUACUUCUGCGAAAAAUUUACCGAACAAAAGUCCGAAAAGAAGUGCAACUUCAAAACUCUCCCCCCACUCGACACUGCCGCACUCAUUGUCCCUGGCGCAGCGUUAGGUAUAGUCUUUACUUUCGUUACUUUCUCAUUUUUAAUGACCAAUUUUGGUCGGAGACUCCGACGGAAACUGCGACGAAGCAUCACCAAUCCAGGAAGCCUCCGUGAUGCCUGGGUGUCGUCUCCACGAAGCAUUGCUUCAAGCAACAAAACUAACGCAACAAGUUUCAACGAGGACAUCGAGAUGCUAUUGAAUCCCGCUACCAAGCCAGUCAAGCCUCGUGACACUGUUUAG